CCUCUGGAUACAAAAAGCCAAUACUGCGGCGUCUAUAUAAAUAGGAACCUUUCUGUUUCUCUUUCUCACGCACAAAAUCUGAAAAAAAAAAAAAAAAAAAUCGGACCGGUGAUUCUUACCGGAAACUAUUCAAAAUUACUGAUCAACUUGGACCGGCGAGUCGUCUCUGCCGAUUGAAAGUUCGUUAUUCUAUUUAACAAUCAAAUCUGGCGUUAAAUUUCUUUAAUAUUUCUGUUUAAUGGUAAUGCAUCGUUGUUCCAGUUAGAAAUGAUCUCGUUUAUUUGUUUUAGUUGUAUGUUUGAUAAAACAGAAGAAAGUUGAUUUGAGACCUCUAAUUUUCUUUUUCUAGUUAUGAGUUAGCCAAAUUUUGGAAACUUUUUUCACAAAGAAUUUUUCUAAAUUUUGGUUGCCUCAGGAACUGUUAUAAUGAGGAAUUUUUUUAGUUUUGUUUGAUUUGGUUAUUGUUUAGGUGUUUGUUUGAGUAAAAUAUCAUCGUGUUUGAUUCUGGUUUGAUGGCUAUAACAGUGGUGCUGCUUAUUAUCUAUUAAUUGCUAUGUUUGGCUUCUUAUGUGUUCUGUGAAUCAUGUUCUGUAUGCAGUUUGAUAAUGUUAUUGUGUAGGCUUGCCAUUUGACUUUGUUUGAUAAUGAUAAUAGUAAUAAUAAGUUUCCUUUGGGUUCUUGCUUUUCCAGUUAAUGUUUAAUAAAGCUACCGUUUUAUGUACUUGAUCAUGCUGGGGGAAGCUUGUUUAAUGGUUCCGAUAUUCCCAUGUUAUGUAUUUCUUCUUUGUUUCUGUUGGAUUUGAUAGGUUAAAUCAAUUAGCAAAGAAAACUAGCUCAUGAAUGGAUUUCUGGCACGUUUAUGUUCUGUUAUAAGUUUUAUGUUAUGUAUAAUUCAUGUGAUAUAUAUAGCAAGCUAUACAAUAAAAGGAACUAAACAAUAAUACCAUGGAAACAAGUCCCCGAUAGUAUUUAAAUUAUGAUGGCAGCUUCUCAUUGUUUUCGAAUAUGAUAUGCACGCCCCUUUUGUUAAAGUUGAGAAGCAAGCCCCUGUUAGUGUUCCAAGCAGAUAGGUACGUGCUUUACUGUCUAUAAGGUGGUGUAAUAUCUAAGAGAGCUUCUUUGAUUAUGUGAUCAUGGCCACUAAGAAUUGUUUCUUGUUUAUUCAGCAGAUGGUGAUUUAGAUGGUCGUCUUGUGGACAAUAUUCUUUUGCUAGUCCUACAAAAUUGACCGACUAAAUAAAGAGCAGAAAUUUAAGAGCUAGUUGGAAGGUCAUAAAUCUUGUAUUUUGAAACCCUUAUGUUAAUUCUUUAGGUCAAGUUUUUUUCUGUUUAUACUAUAGGAUGUUGAGUAAGGCCUUUAAGUAUAAUAGAACACAAGAGAAUGAGGCUGGAGUCUCACUUAGUCAUUGCAAAAUGCUGUUUAGGUAUCCUCUGUGCAGGAUUGUUAGAUCUUCCUAAAUUUGUUUGUUUCGAAUUAUAUACGUAAUGAGUUGCAGCAGGCUAUAUAUUCAGGACAGUCAAGUUGGAAGAGUCCCAGUACAGAAUUAGGAGCUCUUGACCUUCCAGUAUUCUGCACAGAUGUGCUGCUUUAACCACUUUGAGAAUUAAACACCAAGGUUCAAGAUGUUCUUUUUUGUUUGUUGCAUAUGGGAAUUGUGAAUUGGUACUGCAAAGCAAGGAAUGAUUUGACUCAAUUCAGAUAACUUAGGGCAGUGGUGUACCAACUCAAUCAAUGGCAUUUAUUCUGCAGUGUCCGAGUUUUUGUUUCUUUCCCUUGCCACUUCCCUCGCAUAUCCCAGAUCUAAUGAGUCCUUUCGUUUCACACUUAUGUGAAAUUAUGAAAGGUCUAGAUGGUGUUCACAUAUUCAUGCCAUCUGCUCUAUUCUUCCCAUCAAGGUCUAUCUUCAAGAGGGAUUUGGUGACCAACGAAAUUCACUUGAGAAGGUCUGUGAUCAUAGAUAAAAUCAAUUCGUAGUAGUGGAUAUAUCUUUUUAGGUCAGAAUCCAUUCAUGACUGUAAUUCUGUUCAAACAUGCUGAAGUUACCAUCAUACUUAGUAGAGGAUAUGUGCUCUACUGGUAAGGGACUCAUUCUUAAGAAGCGCAAGAUCCCUUUUUAGCAUGUCCAGUAGUGUCAUGAACUUCCAGUAGUAUGCAUUUGCUGCUUCUGGAUAGCAAGAGUUUCAGAUGAGAUAAAGAAAAGCUUUAUCUGAUUCAAGCGAUGUCUUUUUCGAGGGGGUAAAUACAGUUUCAGAGAAGCCUUGGUUCAGACUUCAGAGAUACCAACUGAGAAACUAUUGGACUCUGGUUCUGGGACUUCUUGAAGGAAUCAAGUGAUGAUGUGUGGGGUUUCUCUAUGCUACAUUAUCAUUUUUACUGAGAUUUUAUAGAUGUACUUGAUUGAUUCUUCUCUUGGCGUAUUGCUGAUUUGGACUUUGGAGCUGUUCAGGCUUACAUGGAAUAUAUUGUUGCUGAUGUCAAUUACUCUGCAGCAGUAUUUAUUGAAGCAACAAUCUCAUGGGGUGUUUGUUUGGCUUAAUCGGAUGACUGUAUAUACAUUUAGGAUUUAGAAUCUUCUCUUAAUAUGAUUCUACAUGCAGGUAUUCUAGAUUUGCUUUCGCCUUGGACACUAAUUGUUUGGAACCCGCAAAUUUAUGGGAGAAGUGGACAAAAGAUCUGAGUUUCAACAAAUGGUGCCCGAAAUGUUUCAACAUGUGACAUGCAGAUUCACUGAAACAGAUUCAGCGACUUCUCACACUCAUCAAUUAAAUGAAAAAUGUAUGGGUUCAAUGGAUCCCAAAUCCUUGGAAGUUGAGAAAGGCUGUAUGGAAUAUGGAUGCCCACAUUAUUUUAGAAGGUGCCGCGUUAGAGCACCGUGCUGUAAUGAGAUCUUCAAUUGCCGGCAUUGUCAUAAUGAGGCGAAGAACAACAUAACUGUUGACCAGAAGCUUAGGCAUGACAUGCCACGCCAUGAAGUCAGACAGGUGAUAUGCUCACUUUGUAGCACUGAACAAGAGGUUAAACAGUUCUGUAUGAACUGUGGUGUUUGCAUGGGGAGGUACUUCUGUGAGACUUGCAAGCUGUUUGAUGAUGAUACAUCUAAGAAGCAAUUUCAUUGUGAUGGAUGUGGGAUUUGCAGAAUUGGAGGGAGAGAGAAUUUCUUCCAUUGCUACAAGUGCGGCUGCUGCUACUCGAUUAUUUUAAAGGACAGCCAUCCAUGUGUAGAGGGAGCAAUGCACCAUGACUGCCCUGUUUGUUUUGAGUUUCUGUUCGAGUCGAGGCAUGAUGUUACAGUCUUGCCAUGUGGACACACAAUUCAUAAGAGCUGUUUGAAGGAGAUGAGGGAACACUAUCAAUAUGCUUGCCCACUCUGCUCAAAAUCAGUGUGUGAUAUGUCCAAGGUAUGGGAGAAAUUUGACAUGGAAAUAGCAGCUACACCGAUGCCAGAAAAUUAUCAGAAUAGAAUGGUAUGGAUCCUCUGCAAUGAUUGUGGAAUGACCUCACAAGUACAAUACCAUGUUGUUGCUCAGAAAUGCUUUAAUUGCAAGUCCUACAAUACUCGUCAAACAAGAGGCUGAGAUUCUGUUAAAAUAUGGAAUUUGAAGUUGAUAGUCUCUUUCAAAUCUUGAUGCAGCGUUAUUAAAUGAAUAUUUCAGCUACAUGAGGCUCAUCUGUGAAUAUGAGAGUGCGAUUGCGCGGUUUCAGUUUCUAUUAAUUUUGUUUUCUGGUAUCGUCACGUGUUCUUGUUUGCUUUUCCCACCCUUCAUAGAUGUAGUGAAGCAGUACAGCUCUUCAAUGCUAGUUGAAACCCCAUUCAUGUUUUGCUGUAUGUUUACUUUUGGAAAUCACAUAUCUUGCUCAGCUACAAGUACGCAGCGUUAAUUCUUUUAUGGCUCAUUUGGUGAAAGGCUUCAGUAUAAAGCAAAAAUGACGAUUCUCUGCGAACUCUUUGGGUUGCUGACCGGCGGGUUCGAACAACUUCCAAGUGGAAGCGGGAAGCAAGGCUUGUGUCUACCAAUUCUCUUUAGUUGAAUGUUUGUGGUGUAGGCUUGAUGUUAUGACAAUUUUCUCUCAAUAUAUAUAUCCAUCUCUUUUCAAA